AUGCUCCUUGACAAGCAGUUGCAUUUCUACGCACGUGGGGUUCAAAACGAUACUACUGUAAUGCUAGCGUUCGAGCCCCGUCAAUCGUCAAAACUGUAUGAAGAUUAUUUUCCGGUUGUAUGGAAGGUGUUCACUUUCCGCAAGCAAGGUCAUCCUAAGAAAACAGUCCGAUAUACACCCCGCGUUGCCUUCGCGUACGCUCAAGCCGACCAUAAUAGCCUGGUAGAAUGUGCUGGCUGGGUGGAAAUACGCGAUGAUAUCAAUAAUGGCACGAGCCCUAUGGGACGCAACAAUGCCAGCGGACCCGGGACUAUGCGUGCUUAUUGCAAGAAUGGUUCCAAACGCCGUGCAGAUUUGAGUAUAGGUCUUCUAAAGGGUGACCGAAUUAUCAACAUUAUGAGCCAAUAUGUUUAUGGCCUGGUGUCGAUCUCAGCAUACGUGACCCGCGAUUACAAGGUCAACGAGAUGAUACACCGCAAAGUUGAGGCUGAUGCCAUAUGGACCCAAAACCUUGAUCAGAUUGACGACAUUACGGGAUGGAAUCUUACAGAGGAUCCCAUCACUGGCAAAUUCUCAAUUGAGCGCACUAGUACUUGGUAA